AUGCGAUUUAUAUCAACAAAUCGAAAAAAUAAUAAAUCCACAAUUUAUAAAACAAUUAAAAUUAUUUUAGUUCCACCUUCUUAUCAUCUACAACAAUUUAACGGAACAUUAGUCCCAGAACAGAACCUUCAAAGACCUGGAAAUUCCUUUCUAUCAUCUUCUGUGGGAGAUGAGGAUCAACACCUUAAUUACAUAAAUACCAAUACAACAUUAACAACAACACCUUCAACAUAUUUUAUAUCUGAAAACGAAAAGGCUGUAAACGCCGCAGCUGCUUUGUUUAGUAAUCAAACUGAGAAUUGCUCUCUUUUACAAAAUCCAAACUUUCAUUACACCAAUAAAAACAAUCAACAACAACAACAAUAUUCCCAACAACAACAAAAUCCCCGACAUCAUCAACGAAUUAUAGCUGCCCAAAAUAAUAAUCCAAGUAGUGGCACAAUACAUUUGUGGCAUUUUAUAAGAGAAUUGCUUGACAGGCCGAAAGAGUUUGAAGGAUGUGUUCGUUGGGUUAAUAGAGAGGAGGGAACAUUCAAGAUCGAGUCUUCUCAUCACCUUGCCCGUUAUUGGGGCAUUCGUAAAAAUCGGGCAGCAAUGAAUUAUGAUAAAUUGAGCCGUUCAUUGAGACAAUAUUAUAAAAAAGGAAUUAUUCAAAAACCAGAGAAGAAACAACGCUUAGUUUAUAAAUUUCUACCCCCAUACAAUCAUUAA